AUGAGUGAAGUUAAAGAUUCUCCGCCUUCGGAGCCCGCAAAACCUAAGAUAAAGCAUGACUGGUACCAAACAGAUGCACUAGUUGUAGUGACAAUUUUGCUCAAAAAUGCUCCCAGUGACAAAGUAAAGGUUCACUAUGGAGAUAAAAGUCUAUCUGUCUCGAGCAUAAUACCAAGCUCAGAUUCGGAAUACAGUUUAGAACUUGAAUUAGCUCAUGAAAUAGUACCGUCAAUGUGUACACAUGUUGUGUCAGCAUCCAAAAUAGAAGUGAAAUUGAGAAAGAAAGAGGGACUGAGAUGGAACAUGUUAGAGGGAGAGGGCAAAGAGGAAAAAAUUAAAGCCAUACCACAAGCUGUCAUCGAUGCCUCUGGACCUCAGAAACCGCCAAAACUAUUCAAAAAAGACUGGGAUAAAAUAGAAAAAGAUAUAAAAAAAAUGGAGGAAGAAGAAAAGCCAGAAGGAGAUGCGGCCCUCAAUGCAUUAUUUCAAAAAAUAUAUGGGGAAGGUUCAGAUGAAGUUAGAAGAGCUAUGAAUAAAAGUUUUGUGGAGUCAGGCGGCACAGUGCUAAGUACUAACUGGAAUCAAGUGGCAAAAGAGAAAGUCGACGUGAAACCACCAGAUGGGUUGGAAUUUAAGAAGUGGGAGAAU